AAUGAACCUAGUUGCUAUUUCUCUAGAAGCUCUAGCAUGUCUCAUGGAACUCAUACCAUAAAUGUAGAAUUUUUUUCCCCCUUUCUUUUCUUCAAUACUUCGUCAGGAAAACUUGCUGAAAUGGUGCCAAGAAAAAAGAGAGGCGCGAUUCCCACAGAAAAUGAGAACGUCAACUCAAUAUGAGAUCCUCACAAAAGCAGCCGGAUCAAUAGCUGUGGAAAGGCUAAAAACGCCGCCUGGUCCAUAAGGCUCCAACUAUAUCAAACGCGCGCCCCCCAAACCAAAGAGGAAACGUUGGGGGAAUACACCACGUUUACCGAGAACACCCGUACCCGAACCGAAAAUAACGCGCUGAAUACCGGCGCGAUACACAAUUCAGGGACGGAAGCCCCACUUCGCGAUUAUAAAAAUUGCCCCUCUUUUCCUCGCGUCUUGUUCCCUGGACUCUUUCUUUCUUCCCCUCAUCCCCUCAUUAUCUUCUUCUAUUGAUCACCCGAUCACCGCAUCUCACAAUGGGCGUCACCAAGCACAUUCUCGCACCUGGCAACGGUACCGACAACCCCAAUGUGGGAGAUGAAAUCGCCAUGCACUAUACCGGAUGGGUGUACGACCCCAGCAAGCCUGAGGGCAAGGGAAAUAAGUUCGAUAGCUCCUAUGACAGGGGUCAGCCGUUGAAGGCGAGUAUUGGCAUUAAACGUUUGAUCAAAGGUUGGGAUGAGGGUGUUCCUCAGAUGAGUCUGGGAGAGAAGGCUUUGUUGACCAUCACUCCGGACUACGGCUAUGGAGCUCAGGGUUUUCCCGGUUUGAUUCCCCCCAACUCGACCCUCCUCUUCGACGUCCACCUCGUUUCUAUCCAGCGCAAGGGCUCCACCACGAUACUUAAGGCUUAGUUAAAUGAUACUGAGGCAAAACCUGUGGUUUUCACCAUCGAUGACUUCACCGUGUGGAUGUUCUGAUUUUUGUAAAUUGUUUCUCCGCAAUAAUCGUAGAUCUGAAUUCUUAGGAUUGAAUGUAAGGUUGGUAAAAACGAGCCAUGCGUGCUGGUGGAGGGGAGUCUCGCAUAACCACGCAUGGUUCACCUAGCAAUUCCUUAUACAUCUCGAACAUAGCGACUACUCAUAGCGCUGGGCAUGGUUACCAGUGAUUUUAUGCAGAUAUAUGUGCAGUAUUGCCCGGCGAUGAUUUCUUUGGAGUUUAUCCUCACACUUCCUACUUGCAUAGCAUAUAUCCUCAGAUAUUCAUUGGUUGUAUUUGUCGCAGAGCUCAUGUAGAUGUCUAUUUUGUGAGAUAGCAAUUGGGAAC